AUGUCCUGGUUUGCUCUAGGCCUGGUCGUAAUUUUGCUGUGGACCUUGCUGCGAUUGUUUCCAGCCACCGACAAGAUUCAAAAUCUGCAGCUGAAUUUCCACAAGCGCAAUGAAGUUGAGGACUGGCCCGAAGCAGACGAGCCAUCCGAUGCAGACAGGAGCUUGGUUGAGGACUGGCCCGAGACAGACGAGUCAUCCGAUGCAGACAGGAGCUUCGAAUUUGAGGACUGGCCCGUGACAGCGCAAGAGCACGCACCUGCGGAGUACGUGAAACUCAGCCAGCCUUCCUGGACAGCGCCCAGCACACCAGACACGAGGGAAGUCAUCAUUCACAGAUCAGAGACGCCAGAACCUCUCGCAUCAGCGCAGUUCGAGCCGCCGUGGAUGCGCACAGAAUUGGGCAUUCCCCCAUCCAGUAGAAGGGACCGGCUGCCUGAUCCCAAGGAGCCCCUUCCAAGCGUCAACAUCUUCUCACUGGUCAAAGACUGGAUCGGGAAGGAUCUGCACAAGUUAGCACUCCCGACACACCUGAAUGAACCUCUGACAGACUUGCAGCGCAGAGUGGAAGCCUUCGAGUCAUGCAAUCUUCUCGACCAGGCAAGCCUUGAACAUGCACUUGUCUUCCCUGCACUCCUGCACACUACAGGAGGUGCUGGCCUUUUUGCCUCCACAUGCCUUUGCCAUGCUGCUCUGCUGCCACCCAAGAGCGUGGAGAGGUUGCUGCAUGUGUGUGCAUUUGCCAUAUCCACAUACAACACAAUCAAACGAAACGAGAAGCCCUUCAAGAACCUUCAGAACUCUACAUUCGAGCUGAUCUACCCCGAGAAAGGCAUCCGAGCCAUUGGCGAAAAGGUUGGGCACAUCCCUAUCACAGUGGCAGUGCACAUCGAGGGGCGUGGCUGGGACUACACCUCAAACGACUGGUUCCACAUGUCUUUGCGGCCCAACUAUGCAUUCUUCCGCGCGGUCGGAGAAUUCUGCCUAAGAUUCCAUGACGGAGAUGAGUAUGCAUGGACCGGGGUGAAUGGAUGCCUGCACAACAUAGUGGUGGGAACGCCCUAUGUUGACCAUGGUGGCUCCUUCUAUGUCACCUGCCUGGGCACAGGAGAUACCCUCAGAGGCGCCAUUGACCACUCGCUGCUUAGGAGAAGCACAAACCAGGUGACGGUGUUUCUGGAGAGGCAAGGGCAGAAGGUAGAGGGGGUGGGCAUGUGGGGUGCCUGGAAUGACGAGGUGUGGGCUGUAUUCCCCGACGGCACAAAGAAAUGCCUGUGGCGCGCCGGACCCCUCCAUGUCACCAGCAGCAAGUUUCUAUUCCCGAAGUGGGCGCUGCAUCUGAAUGAGCUGACGCCUGAGCUGAUGACUAAGCUGCCCCCCACCGACGACCGGCUGAGACCAGACAUGCGACUCAUGGAGCACGGACACUACCUCGCGGCGAACAGAGAGAAGGAGCGUCUUGAGGCGAAGCAGCGGCAGGAGCGAAAUGCUGCAGAGGCCGCGGGCAAACCCUGGCAACCCCGCUGGUUCGAAAAGGUGCCGGGGGGCCUCCGGGGGUUUGAGAAGUACAGGUACAAGGGGGGUUACUGGGAGGCAAGGGAGAGCGGAAAUUGGGAGGGGGUCCGUAACAUCUAUGGUCCAGGUCCCAAGAGUGCCUAUGGCUCAGAUCAGCCGGCAGAGCUGCUUCUGUGA